AUGAUGGCCUACUACGGGCAACGUGGCGAGCCAGUUGCACCGCCCGCCGGGGGAGCGAAAUCCGCUGAUGCUGCGUCGCUGCACACGGCGGCGUUCCGGGACUCGGAUGAAUGCUAUUUCGACCAUGAUGAUGCACUCUUUACGGAGGCCGGCGAGCCCACGCCGAGGCUAGUGUUUGGCGAGGAACCCAGCUUUGAGGAGGCCAAGGCUGCUACCUUGGAAUUGAAAAACGCCUUUGAUGGGGUUUACCCGUCCUCUAAUUCUUCUGUGUGCGAGGGUUCUACUCGUAGUGAAGUCUCUGUUCAGUCACCUCUUCUUCCUGGGACGGAGACCAAAUCUCAGCUGAUCGAGGCUAUUUCAAAUCCUUUGAUGCCGAAGCAUGUCAAUCAGGCGUUCGGGGACUUGGAUGAAUGCGAUUUUGACCGCGAUGAUGCACUCAUUACGGAGGCCGGCGAGCCCACGCCCAGGCAAGUGUUUGGCUACGUACCCAGCUUUGAGGAGGCCAAGGCUGCUACCUUGGAAUUGAAAAACGCCUUUGAUGGGGAUUACCCGUCCUCUGAGUCUUCUGUGUGCGAGGGUUCUACUGGUAGUGAAGUCCCUGUUCAGUCCCCUCUUCUUCCUGGGACGGAGACCAAAUCUCGGCUGAUCGAGGCUAUUUCAAAUCGUUUGAUGCAGAAGCAUCUAUUCCGUCAGGCCUGUGAACUUCUGAGCACAAAUCCGAAGGCCCUGGACAUUAUAGCGUCUCUUGCUUCUAAUCCGAACGUAUUGGACGCCAUCAUGCAAGAUCCUUUGGUGAAGGACUGCCUUCAAUCUCACCAACCAGCUGCUAGGAUUGAAUCAGAGGAAUCUCCUGAAACUUUGGAGAAGUUACACCACUCUGACCAAAAAGACAACAAACGAAGUGGGUUUGCGGCUUCCAUGAAGGAGAGAGUGCAGAAUUUUAUGGGGGCAGCGACUGGAAAGGUAAGCAAUGUGUCAAAGUACUUUACUAACCGCUUGUUUGGGUCAUCAGAAGCGGAGAACACGUCGUCCAGUGCUAAUGGAAACACGAGAGCAAACUUCAUGUUUGGGUCAAAGUACUUUAACAACUUGUUUGGGUCAUCAGAAGCAGAGAAUACGUCGUCUGGUGCAAAUGGAAACACGGGAACAAAGUGCGAGUUUGGGUCAAAAUACUUCAACAUACAAGUCAUCGGAAGCGGAGAUAAUUCUGAGGUUGGUAAUGCUGGUGAUUAUGUUGGUCCUGUUCAAGCGGGUGUAAAAUCUUACUAUCGCCGACCCUUCUAA